AAGCGCAGUCGUCUUAGGUGCAUCUGACUUGUCCUCAUCUGUACAGAGAACCGACAUUAUAUCUGUGAUAUUCGCUAUAAUUAAUUAUUGUGUGACACAAUUAAUCGAACACAGGAACACUAAAAUGGCCAUAUUCGCUCGUAAUUUGCGUCCGUAUUUGAGGUAUGUUCGCGGUCAAAGUAGAACUUAUGCUGAUGCUCCUGCUAGCAGCAAUGAAAUGAAGUUUACAUUUGCUGGAGCUAAUCAGGUAUUUUAUGACCAAGCUGCAAUCAAACAGGUCGAUGUACCAUCUUUUUCCGGUUCAUUUGGUAUCUUACCAAAACACGUUCCCACAUUAGCUGUGCUAAAGCCUGGAGUAGUCACAGUAUUUGAAGAGGGUGGUGCAACCAAAAAAAUAUUUGUUUCUUCGGGAACAGUUACUAUAAAUGAAGAUAACAGUGUACAGAUUUUAGCAGAAGAAGCUCACCCAGUAGAAAAUCUUGAUAACUCAGCGGCCAAAGAUAUCCUUAGUAAAGCUCAGCAACAACUCUCAUCCGCGUCAACUGAUAAAGAUAGAGCUGAAGCACAAAUAGCAGUUGAAGUUGGAGAAGCUUUGGUAGCCGCUUCCCAAUGAACGUUACAUCGUUAACAUAAAAAAUAUUCUCUGUUAUCAAAUCUUAGGACAUAUAUUCACCACACUUCUGUCAUGGUAUUGUAUAAAACUGUAGAAAUAAUAAAAAUUUAUAACUAAGCCACA